GGCUUGCUGAUGCAAGGCUGGCUCGUCGGAGAGGCGCAGAAAGAAGCGGCCGGUUCCGCAGACAAGCUUAUGGCCAUCCACGCACGCAUGCACAGACCACUGUAAUCCACGCUGAUGAUGCCUGAUACCUGCAUAGAAUUUUCAGAAUGUUCAAACCACUUCGCAUGUGUUACCUGGGUGUCCUUACAAUAGCCCUAUAGAGUCCUCCAACCUGUUUUGAUAUUUCUGGAUAAAAGGAAGUUAAAAGACGCACUUUAAAACUGUGAAUACAAAAGAUCCUCCACACUCCUGAGAAUGGCUGAUGUUCAGAAUGAUGGCUUUUGCUCUCUCAGUCCACUUCAACUCUUUGAAGAAGUAACUGCACAGGGAGAAAAAGUUAGGUCAUUAAAAGCUGAAAAAGCACCAAAGGAUGAAAUUGAUGCAGCAGUUAAGUUAUUAUUAUCAUUAAAACUGAGCUACAAAGCAGCAACAGGCCAAGAGUAUAAAGCAGGUUCUCCUCCAAGUGAUUUCACUCCAGUUGGUAAUGGUCCAGGCAGUGCUGAGGAAGAAGAUGUUGUAGACCCUUGGACAGUACAGACCUCCAAUGAAAAGGGGGUGGAUUAUGAUAAGCUCAUAGUUCGAUUUGGUAGCAGCAAAAUUGAUAAAGACCUCAUCAAUCGAAUAGAGAGAGUUACAGGCCAUAAACCACAUCACUUCCUACGCAGAGGCAUCUUCUUUUCUCACAGAGAUAUGCACCAAAUACUUGAUUCGUAUGAAAAUAAGAAGCCGUUUUACCUUUACACAGGCAGAGGUCCCUCAUCUGAGGCAAUGCAUGUUGGCCACCUUAUCCCAUUUAUUUUUACAAAGUGGUUACAAGAAGUAUUUAAUGUCCCCUUGGUCAUACAGUUGACUGAUGAUGAGAAGUACCUCUGGAAAGAUUUGACAAUUGAGAAGACUUACCAGUAUGCUGUGGAGAACAUCAAGGACAUCAUAGCCUGUGGAUUUGACAUCAACAAAACGUUCAUCUUUUCUGAUUUCAGUUAUUUAGGGAUGAGCCCAGAAUUCUACAAGAAUAUUGUUAAAGUUCAAAAACAUGUUACAUUCAAUCAAGUAAAAGGCAUCUUUGGUUUUACAGACAGUGAUUGCAUAGGAAAAAUCAGUUUUCCUGCCAUACAAGCAGCUCCAUCCUUUAGUUCUUCAUUUCCACAGCUCUUCAACAAUAAGAAGGACAUUCAGUGUCUGAUCCCAUGUGCAAUUGAUCAGGAUCCCUAUUUCCGAAUGACAAGAGACGUGGCCCCUCGCAUUGGCUAUCCCAAGCCGGCACUGCUGCAUUCAGUUUUCUUUCCAGCCUUGCAGGGAGCACAAACAAAAAUGAGUGCCAGUGACCCCAACACCUCCAUCUUUCUCACAGAUACACCGAAGCAAAUAAAAACAAAGAUCAAUAAGCAUGCAUUUUCUGGUGGCAAAGACACAGUUGAAGAGCACCGGAAGUAUGGGGGCAACUGUGAUGUUGAUGUGUCUUACAUGUACCUCACCUUCUUCCUUGAAGAUGAUGACAAACUGGAAAAAAUCAAGCAGGCAUAUUCAAGUGGAGCACUGCUGACUGGAGAACUCAAGAAGUUGCUGAUUGAAACCCUUCAGCCUUUGGUUGCAGCUCACCAGCAAAAGCGAAAGCAGAUCACAGAUGAAAUGGUGAAGGAAUUCAUGACUCCACGAAAGCUGGCAUUUGAUGAUUAAUUCUAGGCGUGCAUGUUAAUUUAUCAGUAGGUGUAGACACAGUGGAUUGAUACUAUCCUGGUCUCUUGUUGUAUGUCCCCUCUCCCUAUGCUGUAAAGGGUGCAGCCAGUGUUGCUUCUAACCUUGCAAAGUUAUCCAUGGUUAACUUCAGUGAUUCUUUGGGGGAAAUUGUACUUCUAGUUGGAAGAAGCCGGCCUCAGCUGCAGACUUAAUUGCACUUUUAUAGGUGAGAAGAUCACCUGGAAAUAAUUGUUUGUCAACAGAGUACCUUGUUCCACAGAACAUGUUAUAACAAAAAACACGAACAUCACAUUAAUAAAGGUUCUUGUGUAACGCCAAAUUCUACUUGGAUGAAACAUGUUUUUAUAAUUAGUAUGAAUUCCUGCUCCAAAGAUAAGCAUAGUUAUUUGGGCUAGAAUGUUUCAUCUUUUCAGAUGUCUAAUUACAGUGGAUAAUUGUAGUGCUGCCUUCUAAAAGUCACACCAUAUUUGUGAGUUUCACAAGGAAACUCAAAAAUACACUUAUGUCUACAGAUAAAAGUAUUGGACAGGUUGUGGAUUUUUGACUCCCUGAUUAAUAGAGUUACAUGGCUAAGGUUCAUGCUGGACUGAGGUUUUUUGGAAGAGGUUUGCUUUUGACAAAUCACGCUCUGUAUAUUCUGCACCAUGCAAUAGGAAAGUCGUCAUACCUAUUAUUUCUCACACAUGGUACAGAAUGCUAGGAGAUUAUCACAAUAAAAGCAGUGCAAAUAAGUACAAAAUAUUCUUAUGAAAACUAUUAAUCAAGCUAUGCUUUGAUGUCAAGUGACUUCCAGACCAACAAAGGACAUCUUUAUGUCUAUUUUGCUGCAUUCACAUUGUUUUGUGUUUAUCUUGUUUUUCAUAUAAGCUUGCAGUAAGCAAUAGUCCACACAAUAUAGUACCCAUUGAAUAUUUCCUAUACCACAGGUUCCCAGGUAUGUGAUGAACAUAGAAAUAAAGUUGCCAGAUGUGUUCAUGUUUAAAUAAUGGGGAUUAGACACAACCUGAAUCUGCAAAUCAUCAAGAAGCCUCUUGCACAACUCUUACAUAUUGAAUGGAAGUUGCUAGAUGCAUACUUAACCUGAGGAGGUGCGGCAGCUAUUUUUGCAAUGGGGCUUUAAUACCAAAUGUUGUUUGUGUUACAAUAAUCUUCUGUGCCCAUGUGUAACAAAUUCUGAGUGGCUGAAAAUUGUAUAUGUCACGUGUAUGUAUUUACAUUUUUUAAAAUUUUAACUUAAAAUACAUUCUAAUCCAAGCCAACUGAAAAUCA